UGAAGUGUUUUAGUGGAAACUUUCAAGCGUCUAUUGACCCAGAUUGUGAAACGUAAACAAAUCCAUGCACAGAAAUGAGUACUUUCCACUCUGUCCCUGAUAUCAUACAAAGCAGUGUUUCGUUAGAUUUAGAUGAUGGUCAAUUUAGUAGAGAGAGAACAAAAUAUUACACUUCUGGAACAAUUUACCCUUUAGCCACACAGAAAUCUUUCUUCAAAACAGUUCUGAAAGAAAUAUCUAAUGUAACAAGACUUCAACAGAGUAAAAAGAUACUAACAUUUUUAGUAUUUAAUUUUAUUUGUACGUUUGUGUUGUUAAUAUGGUGUCACACAACCAACAGUAUGGCCUUAACAGCCUACACCUAUCUCACAAUGUUCGACUUUUUAAGUUUAUUGGUAUGUCUGCUAACAUUAUGGGUGCAGAUGCAGAAACCUACAUCAACAUAUUCAUUUGGAUAUGAGAGGUAUGAGGUAUUAGGAGUAUUUGCCAGUACCAUGCUGGCACAGUUAGGAUCCUUGUUUAUAUUAAAAGAAAGUAUAGAACGAAUGUUUAUACAACCUGAUAUUCACACAGGUCGACUGUUGAUAGGUACUUUGUUUGCCUUCUUUGUCCAUUUUACCCUUACAUACAGCAUAAACAAUAGAGCAAUGAACCAUGUGGUGGAUGCUUCCAGUUCUAGCUGGUUACAAGAACACAUGACAGAUAUGUCAGAGAGUGUGUGUCAUAUAAUACCUGGAUUGAGUAAACUGUUGUUACCAAGGAUUAACCCAAUGGCUCUGAUUGGUUUUACUGGUGGAAUAGCAGUUAUUAUAACACAUAUACUUAUUGAUACAAAAUUGUAUCACUCAGCCGACACUUGGGCAGCUGUAUCUAUAGCUAUUAUGACAUGUGGUACUAUGUUUCCAAUGAGUGCAUACACAGGGAAAAUUCUUCUGCAGACAACCCCCUCCCACUUACUGAGUCAGUUAGACAAAAUCAUACGUGAAGCCUCCACUUUAGAUGGUGUCUUAGAGUUCAGACAUGAACAUUUCUGGACCUUAUCAUUUGGAACACUGGCUGGAUCAGUACAAGUUAGAGUAAGACGUGACGCUGAUGAACAGAUGGUCCUGGCUCAUGUCUAUAGCAGGCUAUCUAGCAUGGUCAGUAUGUUGACCAUUCAAAUAUUCAAAGAUGAUUGGACAAGGGCUUCUGGUUUUAGUGUGUUAGGUAGUCCAGCAUUCUCACAAAAUUUAACACCAGGACAAUAUCAACAACGUGGGCCAUCACCAAUAUUAGACACUGGAUAUAGGUCAAAUGUUGAAGGUCAUGGACAUAGUCACAGUCAAGGUCAUGGUCAUAGUCAUGGACAAGGUCAUGGUCAUAGCCAUGGUCACGGGCACAGUCAUGGAGUUUCAUCAGACUUUAAAUCAUCAACUCCAACAAGAGGAGUUAGUUAUGUCACUGGAAAAUCAUAAUAUGACAAGUCAAAUUCUCAAGGUCAUCGUCAUAGCUACAGUUAUGGCAGUGAAAGCAGCUUUUUAAAGAUAACACAUCACAUGACAGAAGAAUCAAAUUGAGAUUCAGUCUUGA